CGGUAGCUGUCGCGCGGGUUCCCGUCGUAGAAGUGCAGCUAUAAAUGCAGCUCAGAAGAAAUGGAUCAGAGCAGCAAACGACUUUACGUGCGUGUAAGAGCGGCGUUCUGCUGACUAGGAAUCUAAAGAGAUGCAUCAAGCCUGUUGAGAUCACAGAAACAAGGACUAAAUGGGAACUCAUUGAUCAAGGAAAGGUUUGAACUUUCCAGUCUGUUUUAAAUCAGGGCAAGUCAACAUGUCUCAUCGAGGGCCUUUAACCACUGUCAUAACAACAGUACUGGGGGCGGCCUUAGGGGGGCUGCUCAUAUGGCAGGUGUAUCGAACAAAACGGAAGAAGCUGUCUUCUUUCCAGAAUGCAGCGGAUCUGGUUGUCACUCUGUGUCCUGCUGAGAAUGCUCUGUCAGUUGUGGAGUGUCAACAGAUCCAGCUGCCACAUCUGGCUGACAAGGAGGAUAAAACCGCAGUGUGUCAGACCACAAACGUACCCUCUCCUGUCCGGAUCCCGUCCUGUGACCAGCUGCUGGCGGUGAAACCAGUGAUGGUGAGCUCCAAAGAGGAUUGGCUGGAGAUAUGGCCGCUAAUGCAAAAGGAGCUGUCAGUCUUCCCUGUUCUGGGGCUUGACUGUGAAUGGGUAAAGACCAAAGGCGUGUCGAUAAAGGGCAGAGCCUCUGUGGUCUCUCUGCUGCAGAUGGCCACAUACUCGGGUUUGUGCGUCCUGGUGCGGCUGCUGACGUUUCGCAGCGGCCAGCAGCCGUUCCCGCUGAGCUUCAUGGAAGUUCUUAGAGAUCCACACAUUUUAAAAGUUGGUGUGGGUUCCUAUGACGAUGGGAAGCGCUUAACCCGUGACUACGGCCUGUCCCUGACCUCUACAGUCGACCUGCGCUACUUUGCCUUUAGGCACAGGAGAUCUUCUGUCAGUAAUGGCCUCAGUCUAAAGUCCUUGGCUGAAGAUCUGUUAAAUGUAUCUCUGGAUAAAUCUUUGGAGUUGCGCUGCAGCGAUUGGGAAGCGGAUCAGUUAACACUUGAGCAGAUGAUGUACGCUGCCAGAGAUGCUCAGAUUUCUAUUGCCCUCUUCCUCCACCUCCUCGGCCUCCAGACUGAAACCAGUCCCGCCUUUUCCAGUGGGAGCUCCUACUUGGAGCUGGUCUCCCGCUGCCAGGGCCUGGUGGACGUCCCCUUCAGGGGUCGUGGAGACGGAGACGGCGGGGCUCACGAAGGAGACAGGAAACGGAGGACGCGGAAGCCAGCACCAUGUGAAACCUCGGAGUCUGGAGAUCAGCAAGUCCCAGACCCUCGAAGGAAUAACAAGAGAAAACCGCUGGGUGUCGGCUACUCUGCCAGAAAGUCUCCUCUCUAUGAUAACUGCUUCCUGUACGCACCUGACGGCCAACCUCUCUGUACAUGUGACAAAAAGAAAGCCAAAUGGUACCUUGACAAAGGAAUCGGAGUGCUGCAGAGUGAAGAUCCUUUCAUUGUAAGGCUGCUCUUUGAGCCAUCAGGACGCCCCGACUCCCAACAGGACUACUACCUGACCGCCAAGGAAAACCUCUGUGUUGUCUGUGGCAAAGCGGAUUCCUACAUCAGGAAAAACAUUGUACCACACGAGUACAGACGACAUUUCCCCACAGAGAUGAAGGACCACAACUCCCAUGAUAUCCUGCUGCUCUGCACCAGCUGCCAUGCAGCCUCCAAUGUUCACGACGGCUUCCUGAAGGAGCAGCUGGCCGAUGAAUUCUCAGCCCCUCAAGGCUGCGAGGAGGGAGUCCGGCUGCUGGAAGACUCGGACCGCCGGCGAGUACGUUCGGCGGCUCGGGCGCUGCUCAGCGCCAAGGAUGGGCUGCCUGAGCAGCGGCGAGAGGAGCUGCAGGCGCUUAUCAAGAACUACAUGAACAUGAAUGAGGAGCAGGAGCUGACGGAUGAGGCGCUGCAGGAGGCUGCCAGCCUGGAGACCAGGAUCCUAAAUGAGGCGUACAUACCUCAUGGCCUUAAGGUGGUGCAAUCCCACGCCGAACGCGGCCUGCGGGGCCUUAUGGAGCUGGAGCGUCGCUGGAGGCAGCACUUUCUCACCACCAUGCAGCCUCGCCAUCUCCCUCCCCUGUGGUCUGUGGACCAUAAUCACAGCAAGUUUCUCCGCAAAUACGGAGAGGACCUGCCCAUCAAACUCAACUGACCAGAGCGGCACGAGCAGCUCCUCGUCCCAACUCCUAGGUCCUCUCUCUCUGUGACGAACAAAGGGACAUUCCAAGCCUGUGGUGAAGAAAUCCAACAACCUGAAAUACACUAACCUUCCAGUGUCAUGGAGGAUGUUAUGGACAUUUUUUAAAUUAUUCUAUUUAUUUAUAAAAAGAAAUUAUGAGAUAAAAAUAAAAUGAUCAGAUUUUUUUUUUAGAUAAAAGCUGCCUCCUGCAACUUGCCUAACUUCCCUUUCUGUUAAUAAAUGAAUCCAUUUUCUCCAUGCAGGUGAGCAGCGUAUUCCCUUCAUCAGCCUGAAUGAUUUGCUGUCCAGAAGGAGGGUUGGUGAUGAAGUAUUUGGCACUCCUCCCUAUUUUUCUCUUUAGUCUGUUGUCUGAUUUAGGUCAAUAGAAAAAAGGUUAGAAUCCUUAAAACGCCCUGAAAUCAAACAAAAAUGAUCCCGUUUCUUUAUUUUUCUAGACGGGUUUGGUCUCAAGGUGCGUUUGGGUUUGAAUAUUUAAAAAGAUUUUUGCAGGGAGAGAUGAGUGCAAGCAGAUCAAAGCUGGCAUCUGUUAGUUGAUCAUUUAACCUCUAGAUGGUUCUGUCCUGCUGCUGAGUCUCUCUGAUGGUUGGGACAUCUUCAUGGCUCAUGUUUUAGUGUGCUUCCUAACCCGGUCCCUCCUGAUCAGAGUCUCAUCGCAGCUUCAGGAAGCUCAGUUUACAGCAGUUUCAGCAUGACGUCGUUUUUUCACACAUCAAACAGCACAGUCAACGGGUGCCAACUCUCUCGAUGUAACCAGACAAACUUUACCCCCUCCUUUUUGUACGGCUUUCCAAUGAAGAUUGUGAAUUAAUGUCAUUAUUGGAGAAAUGAUUCAAAUCACGAACUCUGCUCAGUAAAGCGUCAAAGCUGUUUUCCAAAAAAAAAAUAUAUAAAGAAUAAACAUGUUUGUAAUAAUCA